AAGAAUUAUUGACUACCACCGUCAACUAAACGUCUCCAUUGAUCCGGUUAAUAAAAUAAUCACAACCCAUCAACACCAUCACUUCAGCAUACUAUCUUUUCAGCGCCUCCACCGACAAAACCCCCCAAAGCAGAAGCUGAUAACGGAGAAAGUCUCAAUCUUGAGCAGUGGGUUGUGUCUGUUUUUGUGGUGGGUGAAGAGGAGUGAAAAUGAGUAUGUACGGGAGAGACCCUUGGGGGGGUCCGUUGGAAAUACACGCGGCGGAUUCAGCCACAGAUGAUGACCGGAGCAGGAAUCUUCAGGAUCUUGACAGGGCUGCUCUUUCUUCAAGGCCUCUGGAUGAGACACAACAGAGUUGGCUUUUGGGUCCUGGAGAGCAGAAGAAGAAGAAGUAUGUGGAUCUGGGUUGUAUCAUUGUUAGUCGCAAGAUCUUUGUCUGGACUGUUGGGACUCUCCUCUUCUCUGCCUUCAUUGCUGGAUUUGUUACUCUUAUUGUCAAGACUGUUCCUCGCCACCACCACUCUAAGGCUGCUCCGGACAACUACACUCUUGCACUCAACAAGGCACUUAUGUUCUUCAACGCCCAACGCUCGGGUAAACUGCCGAAGCAUAACAAUGUGUCAUGGAGGGGUAAUUCUUGCCUUAGAGAUGGCAAGUCGGAUCCAUCGACCAUGUUUAAGGACCUGUCUGGGGGAUACUUUGAUGCUGGGGAUGCUAUCAAGUUCAAUUUCCCUGGAUCAUUUGCAAUGACCAUGUUGAGCUGGAGUGUUAUUGAGUACAGCGCCAAAUAUGAAGCUGCUGGUGAGCUCAACCAUGUUAAGGAAAUCAUUAAGUGGGGCACCGAUUACUUUCUCAGGUCCUUCAAUAGCUCAGCUGAUUCCAUUGACAGGAUAGCUGCUCAGGUUGGUGCAGGGGAUACUUCUGGUGGAAGCACAGCUCCUAAUGAUCAUUACUGCUGGAUGCGUCCGGAGGACAUUGAUUACCCACGAACUGUGACUGAAUGUCACAGUUGCUCGGAUCUUGCUGCAGAAAUGGCAGCUGCUUUAGCUUCUGCGUCCAUUGUUUUCAAAGACAACAAAGUCUACUCCCAAAAACUUGUUCAUGGUGCCAAAACACUGUUUAAGUUCUCGAGGGAUCAGCGGGGCAGAUAUAGUGCAGGUGGUUCAGAUGCUGCAAUCUUUUAUAAUUCCUCUAUGUAUUGGGAUGAGUUUAUAUGGGGUGGAGCUUGGCUUUAUUAUGCAACUGGAAACAAUAGUUACCUUACGCUUGCUACUACUCCUGGUAUUGCUAAGCAUGCUGGUGCUUUCUGGGGAGGUCCUGACUAUGGUAUACUUAGCUGGGACAAUAAGCUUGUUGGUGCUCAGGUGCUUUUGAGUCGUUUGAGAUUGUUCUUGAGCCCUGGGUAUCCGUAUGAAGAAAUGUUGAGGACAUUUCACAACCAGACCAGCAUAGUCAUGUGCUCGUACCUACCAAUUUUCACCAGCUUUAAUAGAACCAAGGGUGGUUUGAUACAGUUAAAUCAUGGAAGGCCGCAGCCUCUUCAAUAUGUUGUCAAUGCAGCCUUCUUAGCCACUUUAUACAGUGACUAUCUUGAAGCGGCUGAUACUCCUGGGUGGUACUGCGGACCCAAUUUCUAUUCAACUGAUGUGUUGCGAGAAUUUGCCAAGACUCAGAUUGAUUAUAUACUUGGCAAAAAUCCUCGCAAAAUGAGCUAUGUUGUGGGCUUCGGUGAUCAUUACCCGAAACAUGUCCACCAUAGAGGUGCAUCUAUCCCUAAGAAUAAGAUCAAAUAUAACUGCAAAGGAGGAUGGAAAUACAGAGACUCUAAAAAACCAAACCCAAAUACAAUUGUGGGAGCUAUGGUUGCUGGCCCCGACAAACAUGAUGGUUUCCACGAUGUACGUACUAACUACAAUUAUACGGAGCCAACUCUGGCAGGUAAUGCUGGGUUGGUAGCUGCUCUCGUCGCGCUGUCUGGUGAAAAGAAUACCAGGAUUGACAAGAACACCAUUUUCUCUGCUGUUCCUCCCAUGUUUCCAACUCCACCGCCACCUCCUGCUCCCUGGAAACCUUGAGAUGCCCUCGUUUAACAUUAUGUCAGUGUAACCUGCUGUGAGAUGAUUUUUCUGCACUAAUAGAAUUUGGAACUGGAAUCGUGUCAAAGGUUAAGUAAUUCAGACAUGUGGCAAGAGGCCAAGGAAAGCUGCAUUUGACGAAAUUUGUAAAGAAGUAGCCAGGGUUGAUGGUUCAUAUCUGGAAAUGUCUUUUUCUUCCCAUUUUGUAAUAUACAUAGUACGUGUGUGUAUGGUACCAAUCAUGUAUUCUUUGAACUUCUUGACUGGAGCAGUUUCAAACAGAUUGAUUUCCAUUUGGGCAAUCCUUCUUCAAUGUAGUUUAUUGUAACUGGUUUUUUUGAAGAUUCAUGUAAAUGAUGCCAAGCCCAUUAAGGCUUUGAUGAUGAUGGGGGAUAAUCCUCCCUAGUAUGUAUAUUUGUGUGUUUAAUUCGUAGGAAAUAUACACUGUGAUCCGAGUA